CUCCACUGGCUUCUACACACAAACACACACACACACACACACACACACAUCAAUCUUACUUUCGUAGCAGAAGCUUUUCUUCUUCUUUUUUCAUCCUUCCUCGUUUUAUCUUCUCUCUUGUCUUGUCAUCCUCCUUUAUUCUCAAUCCUCCACACUCUGACUAUCACAUUCAGAUCAUCAUGGCUGCCGCUCCUGUGAACACCGCUCCUGCACAGUCCCCUUCCCAAUCAGAGAACGUUCCUCAUAUCAAUGGAGCUUCUUCCUCUUCCUCUUCUCCCUCAGAAUCUAUUGACUUCCCACACUACAAAGAACUUCAGAGGAACUUGCGCAAUGCUGUAAAGAAGCUGAAUGCGACCGCCAAAGUUGACUCCAUCAUUGCUGAAAACCCCGGGAAAUCGCUAGACGAUUUGGUUGCCGAGAAGAAGAUCAACAACGAUCAAAAGGCUCAGGCGCUGAAGAAACCCUCUCUCCAGGCCUCUGUCACCCAGAUCGAGGAACAGAUCGCCCACUAUAAGGAAUUUGCUGCCUAUUACGAACAGCGUCUGGUUUCCCAGAAGGCGGAGCUGGAGAAGGCACACAAGGAGGAAGUGGAAUCCCUCCAGGAAAAGGCUUCUGUUGCAGCUAGCGAAACCGGCAAGGAUGAGCUCAACCAGCGUUUGCUGAGCCUGAGCAAGUUCCUGUGCGCUGCCGCUAAUAUGAGGCGCUCCGGCGAUGAGACUUCUAGUGAGAGUCGUGCGUUUGAGGGUGUCCUCUACCAGGUCUACGGGGGUUCUCUUGAAGCAGUUGCAUCGAUACUGAAGCUCGUCGACGGUGUGGAGGAGAAGAUCGUCAGCGUAGAGGGCGAAACACUGGACGUCACAUACGCCAAAGUCAAGCAGAUCUCUGGAGAACAGGCUUCUACGUCUGAGGAACCUGUUGCAGAAGCCGCUCCUAUGUCCGACCCUACCACCGCCAACGCCGCGUACACGGAGCUCCAGGAUCCCUCUUACGCUGCCGAAGCUGCUGCUGCUACGGAGCAUGCAGCCGCUGCAACCCAACCUGAGCAACUCGUCCCACCCCCUCAGACACUCGUCCCCGACGCUGCGAAUGCAGUUGCUGAAGCAAGCUGGGAGUCUAACCCUGCGGACUCUCUUGCAUCCUCGCACACCGAGAGCUGGGUUGAGGUUCCUCGUGACCCUGCCGAGACCGAGACCGGCCUUCAGGCUACCCCUGCAAACGUCGACCCUGACGUGAAAAUUGACGCUGGUGAGCGCAAGACCCCACGCGGUGAUGGAUUUGAACAAGUUGUGCACCACCAGAGACAGCCCAGCUUCCGCGGCCGUGGCCGCGGUCGUGGUCGCGGCGGUGACGGAUUCCGUGGCCGUGGCCGUGGUGACUUCCGGGGACGUGGACGAGGUCGUGGUGGCCGUGGUCGCGGUGGACCCAACGGAGGUCCAGCUGCCGCUGGCCCUGCCCCUGCUGCAGCCCAAUAAGCAAGCCAUCUAUGAGAAAGCUUGAUCAGCCAUCCAGUUCAACAGCUCCCGAGAAACAAGCGCUCUAGUUUGCUGCUACUCUUCUAUCUAUUCUUGCUUUUGUCACGGCCGUCCUUCCUCUUCUUUUGACCCGUCGACUAUGUCGUCCGUGUUUUUUUUUUUUUUUUUUUUUUAUCUCUUAAUAAUCAGCAAUUUAUGGGCUCUGGUGGUGUUAUGGUAUGGUUCACGAAAGCAACGAAUAUCCGAUAAUUACAACCAGGCUUUGUAGGAGCAGACACAGCCCUAGGUUGGAUCACACCCUCCGGGGCCAGAUAUGUCUGUUCCACCUAUUUCCCUUUUGGAUUUUCAUGGGUGACUGCACAAAAGUUCUGUUGUUACAUUACAUUACACCUGGGGCAUACUAGGUUCUGUCUUGCAGUUGAGCGUGCAUUGCUUUCUUUCUUUCUCUUUCUCUUUCCUUUUUUUUUUUUCUUUUCUCCCACU